AAAAUGUCAACAUCAAUCAAAGGCCGGGACAAUGUCUUGUCAAGAGCCGAGAUUGAAGGCAUGAUUGCUGAGAAUAAGUUGAUCAUCAUUGUCGAUGGCAAAGUACUCAGACUGGAUGCCUGGAUCAAGUUUCACCCUGGUGGUGAUAUGGCUAUUAAGCACAUGGUCGGCAAAGAUGCUACAGACGAGGUCAACGCACUACAUUCACAGGAAGCGCGCCAACGCAUGAGGAAAUUCCAGAUCGGCCGUAUCGAAGGAAGAUGGUCCAAUUUCCUUCCACCCAUCCAAGGCGGCACUUUCCGCCCAUAUUUUGAAGCCAAGGAAGGCAUGGAUGAAGAUGACACUUUGAUUUCCGAAGCCUCGAGUGAAGAGGUUUCAGCUCCGCCAUCUCCAAUCUUCGAACCAACAGAAGACACGUUUGGCUUGAGACGCAGGCUGUCCAUUUCUACAAUAUCCUCCUCAAUCAGCACCACCCCUCUAUCAACAACUGAAACCAAUCGUCAAACGUGUGUGAUCGACGCCCGAACUCAGAAGGAAAUUCAAUUGGACGAAUCCAAGUAUCCCGCUCUUGACGCGGAACAUCAAGAGUAUAUCACAACGAAAUACCGUCAGCUCAACGAGCGGAUUCGUGCAGCUGGCCUCUACAACUGCAACUAUUCUGCCUACGCUGUUGAAAUAUGCCGAUAUUCCUUAAUUUUCGGUCUUUUCAUUUUCUUUUUGAAGAAGUCUUGGUUCUGUCUGUCUGGUUUCUUCCUCGGAUGCUUUUGGCACCAGCUGGUCUUCUCUGCUCAUGAUGCUGGCCACAUGGGUAUUACGCAUGAUUUCCAGACGGACACUGUGAUUGGUAUGAUCAUUGCGGACUUUCUGGGUGGACUUAGUCUCGGCUGGUGGAAACGGAGCCAUAAUGUCCACCAUAUUAUCACGAAUGCCCCAGAGCAUGAUCCUGAUAUCGAGUUGAUGCCGUUCUUUGCCGUGUCGCAGCGCUUCUUCAAGAGUUUGCGUAGUACAUACUACGAUCGGAUCAUGGAAUUUGACGCAGUGGCCAAGAUCACCGUUAAGUACCAGCACUACUUGUACUAUCCGAUUCUCCUCUUUGGUCGCUUCAACCUCUACUACCUGAGCUGGGAACAUAUCUACCUCGGUCUCGGCCCUAAACACGGUGCGGGCUGGUGGCACCGCUGGUUUGAGCUCGCAGGUCAAAUCUUCUUUUGGACUUGGUUUGGCUAUGGUGUCCUCUAUCUCAAUAUUCCAGGUCUAUGGAACAAGGUUGCCUUCGUCCUUAUCUCGCACAUGGUCACCGCUCCACUACACGUGCAGAUCACACUCUCUCACUACGCGAUGUCCACCGCUGAUCUCGGUCCUCUUGAGUCAUUCCCUCAACGGAUGCUCCGAACGACCAUGGAUGUAGACUGCCCAGAAUGGCUGGACUUCAUUCACGGUGGACUCCAGUUCCAGGCGGUUCACCACUUGUAUCCUCGCAUUCCGCGUCACAACCUGCGGAAGACGCAGAAGUUUGUCAAGGAAUUUUGUGAGGACGUCAAGAUCCCAUAUGCUGUUUUUACUUUCAUCGAUGGAAACAAAGAAGUUAUCGGUCGCCUUGCGGACGUUGCUAGACAGGCGAAGAUUUUGGAGGAAUGCCGCAAGGCAUGCGCGGAGCAAGGCGUUUUUUCGGAUCAUCAUCAUUCACAUUGA